CCUUUUUAAUCCCCACCUUCUCUCUCUCUCUCUCUAUCUAGGGCUUCUCUUGGGCAAUGGCGGAGUACGACCUAACACCACGCAUCGCGCCGAACCUCGACCGCCACUUGGUCUUCCCGCUUCUGGAGUUCCUUCAGGAGCGUCAGCUAUAUCCAGAUGAGCAGAUUCUCAAGUCCAAGAUCGAGCUUCUCAACAAGACCAACAUGGUCGACUACGCCAUGGACAUCCACAAAUCCCUCUACCACACCGAAGAUGUCCCCCAAGAUAUGGUGGAGAGGAGGGCUGAGGUGGUGGCUAGGCUCAAGGCUUUGGAAGAGUCUGCGGCUCCCCUCGUUGGUUUCUUGCAAAACGCUGCCGCCGUACAGGAAUUGAGGGCUGACAAGCAGUACAACCUUCAGAUGCUCAAUGACCGUUACCAGAUUGGUCCAGAUCAGAUUGAGGCGCUAUAUCAGUAUGCAAAAUUUCAAUUUGAAUGUGGCAACUACUCUGGUGCUGCUGACUAUCUUUAUCAGUUCAGGGCCUUGUGCACCAGCAGUGAAAGGAGUUUGAGUGCAUUGUGGGGAAAGCUGGCAGCUGAAAUUUUGAUGCAAAACUGGGAUAUUGCUCUGGAAGAGCUUAAUCGAUUGAAAGAAAUUAUCGACUCGAAGAGUUUCACUUCACCUAUGAAUCAAGUGCAAAGUAGAAUAUGGUUAAUGCAUUGGAGUCUCUUCAUAUUUUUUAACAAUGACAAUGGGAGAACCCAGAUAAUUGACCUGUUUAAUCAGGACAAGUAUCUAAAUGCCAUUCAAACCAAUGCUCCUCAUCUUUUACGUUACUUGGCAACUGCCUUUAUUGUCAACAAGAGAAGAAGACCUCAGUUUAAAGAUUUUAUAAAGGUUAUUCAGCAAGAGCAACACUCUUUCAAAGAUCCCAUUACUGAGUUUUUGGCUAGCAUAUAUGUCAAUUAUGACUUUGAUGGGGCACAAAAGAAGAUGAGGGAGUGUGAAGAAGUAAUACUGAAUGAUCCUUUUCUUGGGAAACGAGUUGAAGAAGGAAACUUCUCUACUGUACCAUUGAGAGAUGAAUUCCUCGAGAAUGCCAGACUUUUUAUUUUUGAGACCUAUUGCCGCAUACAUCAGCGCAUUGACAUGGGAGUGCUUGCCGAGAAAUUGAAUUUGAACUAUGAGGAGGCUGAGAGAUGGAUUGUUAAUCUUAUUAGAAGCUCAAAGCUUGAUGCCAAGAUCGACACAAAGUCAGGAACUGUGCUUAUGGAACCCAACCAGUCCAAUGUGUAUGAGCAACUGAUUGACCACACCAAGGCAUUGUCAGGUCGUACGUAUAAGUUAGUCAGCCAGCUUCUGGAACAUGCCCAGGCACAGACUGCUCGAUAAGUUAGGUGGUGAAUUGUCUAACAAAUUAUUUAUUUUCGGCUCUGAGAUAUCAAAGAUUGCAAUUUUGUUGGCAAUUUGUAGCUGGAUUUAAUUUGAUUGUGCAAGUAUUCACAAGUUUUGCUACAUGAAUUCUACUUUUGGGAAAAUUUAUAUCUUCCAUAUUUAUUUCUA